AUGUAUACAGGUACUCAAGUUCCAAAUAAUGGACCUACUCAACCUGGUGGAUCGAUCGACAACCGUAAUGGUAUCAGCAUCAGUGAUGGAUUGCCUUUCAAUUCAGGUGUAAAGAGAGCUUUCAGUCAGGUAGACGAAGAUGAAAAUGAUAAAUCAAGUAUGAAUACCAAUACCGAUACCAAACGAUCUCGUCAAAGUGUAAAGGUCAAAGUGAAAAGAGGAGGUAAAUUGAUUCAUAUUGAUGGUUAUACUCGAAAACCAUUAGCUGGAUGGGCAAAUAAAAAAAUUUGGUAUGAUUCGAAAGAUGAUUGGGAUCAUGUUAAAUUCGCUUACUCAAAUCACAAUAUCGCCCUAUCCAAUGUGGUUCUCUCAGAGACUCAAGGUGUGAACUGGGAGGAAGCUUGCAAAGAUAUGUUCGAAUUGUUCUCUCAAUGUGGUUCAAUAGAAUCGAUCUAUCUUAUGAAAUCGAAUACCGUUUCAGGUAUAUUGAGAGGUAAGAUUGGAAUUGAUUUUAAAGAAAAGAUAGGAUAUCUUAAAGCUUUGAAUAUGCCAAAGGAAAUGAGAGUGUAUAAUUCUGAAAAGAUCGGAAUUAUGACAAGGAGAUAUGAGAUAAAUAAGACCUGGUUCUUGGCUCUUGAAAGUGAACUUCAUCACUUGCAAAAAGAUGCCAUCAUGUACGCAUCGAAGAUUGGUAAACAUUCUGCUACUAGGUUCGGAAUACCUCCUUCAUCAUUGAAUCAUGAUAUCCAACCGGUCGAUUCGGUUUUGAGUUUCCUUCCAUUUGAGGAAUUACCUCAAGAUUCUAGCUUGCCUAGGAGAUUCCACUUGAGUCAAUGGAAGAAAUAUAGAGAAAGAUUAAGUAGGGAUAUGAAUAAGAUAAAGGACAUUGACCUUGACGAUAAUGAUGGUGAUGGUGGUCAUACGGAAAAAGAGGAAGUAAAGGUAGCGGAUGUGAAAAACGAAGCUGAAAUUGGAGAUAGCAAUGAUGGAAACUAG